AUAUCAUUUAUGGACUUGUUUAACCUAACACUCUUUGUUGACAUUCGAGAUCCGGUUGAUCGUGAAACGAUAAUUAAAAUGACUUUUUCGAAGCUGCUUCUAUAAAUAUCAACUCUUGAGAAAUAAUGGAUUGGGAAAAGAAAUUUACGUCAAUCAUUAACGAAUCAAAGGCGAAUUUAUCGAAAGUUAGGAACAAGUAUGAUGCAAAUGGAUCGAAAAAUGUUACAUGGGCCCCAAAAUAUUAUUCAACUCCAAUGAAAAGAAGUACUUCCCUAUUAGAGAUACCAAGUGGUUCACCUUCAGUCUACAACCAGAGUUUUCCUACUGAACUCUUCACUGGAACAGCAACAACCAGUACUGUCAUGCCAUACCCUUCUACAACCACCCUUCUUGAUAAAAUAGAACAACAAAAUAAUGCAAUAGAUCAUUUGAGAGGUAUUGUACACAGGCUGGAGACAGAUAGACACAAUUAUAAAGAACAAAUUAGAGAUCUAAGAAAUGAAAUAUUCCAGCUUACAGAGCGGGCAGGAGACAGACGACCUGACCCUGGUGUUGAAAGACGUAUCGAACAAUUAAGGAGGGAAAUGUUAGGAGAAGUACAGUUACUACAAAGUCAGUUACAAAUAAGCUCUGCCAAGGGGAGUAGUUCUCAACUAUCAGAUGCACAGUUAUUGUCCAUGAAUAGAGAUGUAAUAGAAAUAAAGCAUGCAUUCAGAGAUGAGCUUGAAGGUUUCCGUAGAGAUAUUGAAGUCAUGCGCUCCAGGAUAGCAAAAAUUGAGCUAGAACUUGCCAGUGUUUUAUCAGGGAGACGGGAGACAGAUCGUCGUCAGGAUGGUUUUGACAGGACGCUGAAUUCAUUGUCACUUGCUCAGAAAAAGUCUCAGUUACCAUCAUCUACUGUAUCAAUGAUAAACACAAACAGGCAGCUGGAGAAAAUGCAGAUAAAUGAACUCAGGUGUACUUUAAGUGCAUUGAAGGACAAGAUUGAUAUUAUAGAACAAUCAUCUACCCCUGUGUCAAGUCCAGUCAAAACUUCACCCAUAUCCAAGUCAGCAUUAUAUACCAAUGGAUUACCUCCUAUGAUGAAGCCCUAUGAGAAUGGAGUGUUAGAUGAUAUAGAUCUAUCUGAUGAUGCAAGUUCCGAGAGUUCAGAUUUUACCGAGUUUGAGCCUGGUACAGCUAAAGAUAAGAAGUUUACAAGACAACAUAAAAUUGAUGAUCUAGAUUCUGAUGACCUUGAUAUGGAUGACCUUGACCUUAGUGAUGAUGACCUUUCUGAGACAUCCUUGAAUGAUCAGGUUCCAAAUGAUCUCACAUGACAAAGAUAUUAAAUCUUUUUUUUUUUUUUAAUCAGAUUUUUUUUAAAUCAAGAUUUUUUUAACCCCUUAGUCAUUAGAAGUGCGAUUGUUUAUUUAUUUAUUUUUUAUUUUAUUUAGUAAAAAAUCAAUAUACAUUGAAAUGAUGACUUAUUAAAAUAUUAUAUUUGGCUAAGUUGUAGGAUAAGUUUUAAUUUUUCAACGUUUUGUAAUUUUCGAACAGAUGUUAUUGGUUGUAUAAAAAUCAAACGUUUCCAAUUAGUAUGUUAAUUUAUGAAGGGGAUUUGUUUUUAUAUGAGUGACUAGGAGACUUUUAAUAGUUUUUAAACUAACUGUUUUAACAGAUUAAUUUACUUACUUUAUCAUUUAAUAAGCAAUUAACAAAUACCAUGCUGUUGUUUAUAAUCCAGUAUAACACAAUAUAGAGGUUAGAUGCUUAUUCAUUUGCAUAAAUGGAGGACAUUUAAAGCAUGUGAAUAAGAACUCUUUUUUUAUAAAUGUUAACAUGUAAUUAAUUUUAAGUCAAUUCAAAUAUCACAGAUAGAAGUAUUUUUAAUUACAUUCAGCUGAAUUUUUUUAAAUCCUAUGUCAAAUUGUCAAUUAGAAAUAACGGUCAUAAAUUUUUUAUAUUAUAUUCAUUUUGGAGAGAAAUUCUUUUGAAAUCAUAAUUUAGAAAUUUUAUUGUGAAGAAUUUGAUUUGCUUCUAUAGUUUCAUCAGGAUAUACUAUACAAAUUUAUUCUGUAUAGUCAGAAAGUAUUUAGAUAUUUACUUCAUACUUCCAUUUUUUUCUCAUAACAAAUAAAAAAAUCAUUUGUUUUUUCAUUACUUAACUUUAGAUAUCAAUAUCCAAGAAAUAUUUAAAUUUUAACAAAAGAUUUUGCCCAAUCUUGCUUAGUAUAUCAGAAACUGUUUAACUAUGACUGUAUAUCAUCAGCAUCUUCACAUUAAAAUAUAUUUUUUAUACAAGUGCACACUUUUUGGUUCAUAAAGUUAGUAUAUUCCAGAUGUACGAGUUGAUCAAGACAAGGCUUACAUUAGGUCUUUUGUCUAUGUGUAUGACUGAUUUAAAUUGACAUUUGUUUAACAUGAUGGUAGUCUAGGCUAGAAGUAGAUUAACUUAUCAAGCAACUGUGAUAUUAUAUUUAUAAGAAUAUUUAUAUUUACAGAUAUAACAUGUUUGUCUAAUCAGUUAGAAUAAUUUUAUGUUAAAAGGGUACCAUAUAUGUCAGUUCCAUCAUUAAAGGCUGAAUGCUUCUAAAUUCAUGCUCAGUUUAAUGAUAAUUUAAAAAGUGUAAUUAAAAAAACACAAGAAACAAAUAAAGUGAGUUUUGCUAGUCUUAAGCAUUCACUAUUCUUUAAGACUAUGUGUAAUGCAUAGAAAUGAAUGAAAUAUAUGUAUUACUCAAUUAGUAGUGGGAUAGAAAUUAAGUCAAAAAGUAAAUACUGUCACAUUUUAUAUUCAAAGCACAAACAAGUUUUGGAAAUAUUUAUACAUUUCUUAAACACUAAAAAAUUAAUUUGAAGUUUUAUAGAAAAUUUGUUUACUUAUUUGGAGGUGUGUGGCUUUAAAGCCUCAAAUUUAGUCUUUAAAGUUUUACGUUGCUCUUUAUCAAAUGUGCAGAGUUUUUGAUGAAACUUUUCGGUAGUCUAGCAAUUUGAUGAAACUUUUCAGAAAUUGAAAGUUUGGAUGAUAUUUUAUCUAAAUCAAACUAAAAAAUAAAAAAUGUGCUAAGAAAUAUAUUAAGCAUUUUAAAGUCAGUAUUCCAUACUUAAAUGUACUAUAUACACAAGGUUUUAUGUUCUAAUGAAUAAAUUCUUAAUUUGUUGUACAUGUCAAUAUAGACAGUCUGAAGGUAAAUUUAAAUUUUCCAUACAAAAAAAACUAGAGCCUAAUUUUUCAAGUAUUAAAUACAAAUCUAUGCUCCAUUACUGUUUUACAAGUUCAAGAAUAGAACACCAUUCCUGUAUUUUUUUUAUUUUGAAUGAAAUGAUAAUGUAAUCAUAAAGGGUACAGUGAACUAGAUUGUAUGUAUUGUCCAUGUAUAAGGUAUUGUUGUUGUUUUUUUAAAGAUAUAUAUAAACAGUUCAUUAUAAAUGUGUAUUCAAUAUAAAGACGACUAUAUUUGAAGUGUGUGAACAAAGACUUUGUUAGGUGGCUGAGUAAAUAAUUUGAAUACUGUUGAAAUGUUGUCAUAUAUGUUAAAUGUAACCUCAGUAUUAAUGAUGUUUAUAAGUAUAUAAUACAAAAAUAAACUGUAAACAUCA